UUUCAUUUGGGUCUAGAGGUGUUUAGAUCUGGAACAUUUUAUAGACUCAUAAAAUUGUUGCUAUAACCACACUAUAGUCGUUCUAUAGUGUUUGCCCCAGAUAACAUAUCUAAGACAAUUUAAAUUUCGGAAAUCUCGGCUCCAUAGGGCCAUCCACAUAAUUUAGCUGACAUUUUCACAGAAGAGACCAGCCAGCAUGGACACCUACAGAUUCGGAACGGUUGACUACACGGUCUUCCUGGGCGUGACCAUACUAUCCAUCGCCAUAGGAUUGUAUUUCGGUUGGAUUAAAAAAACCAAAAAGGAGAUGGAAUCCAGCCCAGCGGAUACCCCGGAGAUAUCCAUUCCGAACUUCGGAUCGAAAAAGAUGAACGAGUAUCUGAUGGGUUCGGGCCAUCUGAAGGUUUUCCCAGUGGCAAUGAGCCUGAUAGCGAGUUUCAUUUCGGGCGUUGCAAUACUGGGAAAUCCUUCCGAGAUAUACUACUAUGGAACCCAAUAUUCCCUGAUUGUCCUAGCAAUUGUCAUCCAAGGAUUGGCUGUUUCAUACAUCUACUUGCCCGUGUUUUCGGCCCUUCAAGUGCGGUCAUCCUAUGAGUACUUGGGAAUGCGCUUUCAUCCGCUUAUACGGAAUAUAGUAUCAAUAAUGUUUGUCAUCGAAGUGCUACUUUAUACGCCUUUUGUGGUCUUUGUGCCAGCCCUCGCAUUGAAUCAGGCUUCCGGUCUAAAUAUUCACAUGAUAGAGGUGCUGAUCAUUGUGGUGUGCGUUAUAUACACUCUAUUGGGCGGUCUCAAGGCAGUGGUGCAUACGGACAUCUGGCAGGUGGUUAUCAUGUUUGCCUCCGUUGUGGUUGUGGCCAUUCUGGCCACCUGCUACAUCACCGACCUAGAUGACUUCUUCGAAAGCCUGGUGGACGGCGGACGCCUCAUAUUUGGCAACAUCAAUCCCUCGCCGUAUGUGCGCAAUACGGUUUGGAGCGUGGUGAUCGGCGGCGCUUUCUACUGGACCUCGAUUACGGCGGUGCACCAGACUAUGGUGCAUCGCUACAUGUCCUUGCCCAACUUAAAAAUGGCCAGGACUUCCAUUGCCUUUUUUGUCCUCGGAUCGAUCAUCUUUUACUCGGUUCUCAGCUUCUUGGGACUGCUCAUCUUUAACAUGUACAAGGACUGUGAUCCAUUGAGUGCUGGACAAAUCAUGAAUAACGAUCAGCUGGUGCCCCUCUUCGUGGUCCAGAGUGUCGGUCACAUCUAUGGAAUCCCAGGGCUUUUCAUAGCCGGUAUUUUUGGAGCUGGCCUGAGUUCGCUUUCCGUGUUCCUAAACUCCACCUCCUUGGUCAUCCUGCAGGACAUAGUCCGUGGCUGUUUCAAGAUGCAGCCGGGCGAAACUGCAUCCGCGAUUAUCGUUAAAGCCACAAUCGUGAUCAUGGGCGCAUUGGUAUUCGGUGAGGUGCUUCUGCUGGAGAAAGUGAGUGGCAUCCUGAGCAUCUGCAUGUCCCUGGUGGCCAUCGCAACUAGUUCCACCUUCGGCAUAUUUACCCUGGCAGUGCUGGUUCCCUGGGCGAAUACAGUGGGCACUGCGGUGGGCGGAAUCGCUGGCUUCCUCCUGACCGGAUGGAUAACUUUCGGGUCGCAAAUUGCGGCGGCAUCCGGACAACUGCAUCACCAUCGGCUUCCUGUGUCCGUGGCAAGUUGCCCCGGUAAUGUGACUGCUCGCGAAAAUGUUUGGGUGGACGAGGAGCAGGUGUUUCCACUUUUCCGACUCUCAUUCCACUGGAUAAACCCAAUUGGGGCACUUACGGUUGUCGUUGUGGGUUCUCUGGUCUCUCUGGUGACCAAACCCACGGAUAUCAAGAGCCUCGACUCGGAUUUGAUAUCUCCAGUGAUCCACAGAUUCCUUCCAAAAGAAUGCUUUAAACAACGCAAUCUUGAUAAAAGUGAGGCAACCGAUAUUUACACUAUCACCUAAAAUUAGCUUUUAUAUUGUUUAUAAAAGUAAUGAAUGUGGAAAACGUGUGUUCCAUAAAAUAUUCCGCUGACCUAAUUUAUGUGACACUUUCGAUUUCAAACAUAAAACGCUAUAAUUCUAUUUAUAGAUUU